GUCCUGGAGAGCCCGGGAGCCCGAGCCCACGUGCACCCGCGUGCCCAAGCCCCGCCCCCCCGGCCGCGGAGGGAUUUGCGGGGAUCCAGGCUGGCCUGGAGGGGUCUGAGGGCCCCCCGAGCGGAGCUGCCAGAGUGGGACCGAGGCCGGCCUGGGGGGGCGGGGGGAGCUUGGCCCCGGGCGCCCAGCGCUGCCUGCCAGAGGCGCCCCGCCGCGCUCGCCCCGCCCCGCCCAGCCCAGGUGGGGCUCCUCGCAGCCUCUGCCAGAAGCGCCCCCACCGGGCACGUCCUCCUCCACUCAGGUGGGGCUCAUCGAGUGGGCUCAGGGUGGGCGGGGCCGGGCGCGAUUAGGGAAGUGGGGCUGGGCCGGGGCGUGAUGGAGGCCGAACCGGUCCCAGACUUCUCGAAGCUGCAAGAGCUCCUGGCGCCGCCGUGUCUGGACCCUAAGCCGCCCCGGGCGCCCCCUGCUCAGCAGGCACCAAGGACCCCAGGAUGCCCCAGACCCAAUGGCAGGUCCUUCUGGCCUGCAAGCCAGGACUCAGUCACUGCCCUGCGUUUCCUCCAAGAAACAGCAGAAGGGCUGGUUCAGCCCCCUGCCCGGGACACCCAAGCCCUGGGGCCCUGCUGGGAGCUGAAGGCCUUGGAGACUCUGGGACCCUCGCCUCUGGCAAGGGAUGCCAAGAACAUGCUGACCCCAAUCAGCCAGCCAUGCUGCAGCUCAGGGCCCCUGGAGGCUCCCCCAGCCCCCUCAGCCCUACCCCAGAGGAGGCCCCGGAAGCAGUCAAAGCCCCACCCGGGCGCUGAGAAAGUGGACCCCCGGUUCGAGGGGGUGACCCUGAAGUUUCAGAUAAAGCCGGAUUCCAGCCUACAGAUCAUACCCAGCUACAGCCUGGCCUGCAGUAGCCGCUCUCAGGGUCCCUCUACAGGUCCUGCCAGGGGUCCUGAGGCCAACUCAGGAGGCGGCGAGGCCCUCGGGCCCCGGUGCUGUGCUUCCUGUAGGACCCAAAGGACCCCACUCUGGAGAGAUGCUGAAGAUGGGACCCCUCUCUGCAAUGCCUGUGGUAUCAGGUACAAGAAAUAUGGCACUCGCUGCUCCAGCUGCUGGCUCGUGCCCAGGAAAAGUGUCCAGCCCAAGAAGUUAUGUGGCAGAUGUGGGGUGUCCCUGGGCCCCCACCAAGGCCCAACUCAGGAAGGGGAUCUCAGGUGGAAGACCCAGGCCUCGGGCUCCAGAGUCCCUGUCUCAGGGGGCCACUGUCCCCCUCCCUGGCCCCUGGUCCGAUGAGGUUUGGCUGAGCCUCCCCUCCGAAAAUGUCCUCAGCAGUGACACUCCUACUGUGAACAGCAAUAACAAUAAAGAACACAACUACUCUGAGAAAGAGCGCUGUGACUUGGGGAUCCCACCUCGUGCACACUUCCCCCUCUCUCCCCCGCGCCAGGAAUGUGGGGGCAGGUGUUUUCUCAUUAGGAUUCUGAGGGACACACACACUCGUACAUACAGGGACCAGCCCACCCACAGAGAAUGAGCCACAUUCACCACAACAUCCCAUAUAGGGCAACAGCCACCACAUGCAGAGACAAAGAACACAUGGAGACAGACAGACACACGGGGCGCCUGGCUGGCUCGGUCAGUGGAGUGUGCGACUCUCAGUCUCGGGGUUGUGGGUUCGA